AUGCCAUCUUGCCCUCAGCCUAGCAGCAGAUCAGAGAGGGCACGAAAUAGUGUGUCUUUGGUGGACUGCGACCUGCCGGCGUCUGGAUGUGCCCCACCACGUUCAGAUGUCACAAUUCGUCAGCUACGCGACACUAUAGCUAAACUUGAAGAAGACAAAGCUAGAGAAGUUGAACAAGCGAUCUCGGAAGUGGAAAUAGAGCUCAGAGACGAGUUUUCCGUACGUGAUCACGAAACUACGAUGCGUUCUGAUAAGUUGAAAGCUGAGAAUGCUGUACUCAAGAAGAGGGCCUUUUUGGAAGCAGAACUGACACGAAUCACAGACGAACUUGCAGAAGCCCGAACGUGUGCAUGCCCAUGGCUGUGCGGCUCCGCUCCGGCCGCUUGGACGCUGCUCGUCGGAAUUUCUUGUCUGUUCAAAUGGAAAACUUAG